AUGUCCAACUUCUCAUCGGAAGCCUCUCUUGCAGAAUCUAGAGUGAUUGAAUUAGCAGAUCCAAAGAAUCCAACUCAGAAAGCAUGGCAACAAAUUGAUGAAAAGGAUGGAGCUGUUGUUGAAUUUGCUGAACCACCUCCACAUACUGGAUCCUAUCGGGUGACCUACUUGAUGAAAGGUGUUACUGUCGAGCAAGUAGCACAAAUUUUAUGGAACAACGAUCACAUUCUUGCACUCAGCACUUCCCUUUCUGAGAUUAAAUCUUUGAAAAAAUUGAGUGACAAUGAGGAAAUUGUUGCUCACAUGCACAAAUCACCAGCAUUUGGAGUUUCAAAAAGAGAUUAUUUAAUUGCAAGAAAAAUUGACAAGAGAGAGGAUGGUUCUGUAGUCAUUGCUCAAAAAAGCAUUGUUGACAAUUCAUUGUUCCCUGAACAAUCAGGCUUUGUGAGAGGAGAUUUGUUAUGCUCUGGAUAUGUCGUCAAGCCUGUGAAGAAGCCAAAUGAAACCACUGCAUCAAGUUGUCAUGUGACCUAUGUGAUUCAAACAGAUGUCAAAGGAUGGAUACCUGAUUUUGUCAAGAAAAUGGCCAAUUCCCAGCUUACUACACAACUCUUGAACUUGUAUACCUAUGUUAAAAAGAUAUUUGGAAUUAACUAA